UGUGACUCGUCAGUCGAGGGAACAUUAGUGACAUUGCAGGAUCGCUUUGUUUUGCUGCCGUUUGAAAAUUUUUGACGGUACUCUAGGUAUCGAGUAGACUUCUCCGAGGAAAAUGGCAAUGUCCCAAACCCUUUCAUCUUCACUGGUUUCGAGCUUCCGGGGUGCCUGGACCUUACGGUAGUCCUCCCCUUCCUCGGGCACCCUUCCUUCCCUUUUCCCGGGCCUUAAACGCCUGGUGGGUGUAGUUUAUAACCCACUCAGGUUCGUUUGUUCGGCCCAAAAUCCAAACUCCUUACGUCGACGAAGAGUUAAGUGUUUGGUCUUCCGUACAUCUGAAACAGUAGAGAUUACACCGAUUGAUGUGAGCAAUAAUUAUGCAAGUGAUGCUAAAAUUGGUUAAUAGCACCUUCGAGAUAUAUUACACUCGCAAGUUAUAUACACCUUAUUGGAGUUUGAGUAGCAUCAACCCUACCUCUUUCUUCGAAAGUGCCUCUCUCCUGAAGAUAUUCACGGAAGUGACGAGCAUUCUGCAUGUUCCCUUUCUUUGGAACUCCAGGAUUCGAUAGCGGACAAGUGAAACGAUCGAUCUUAGUACGCUCGACGAGGGUGAAGAACGUCCGUCUCGGUAGACCGCGAGUGAAUCGGGGACGGUUCCGAGUGCGGCGUUCAGAGUUUCAGUGAUCAAUUGGAACGAUUAGUUGGCGAGGAUCCGGUUAACUGGUCGGAAGAAAGAAUACAUGAGCCCAAUCGGUGGCUGUUCCUGCUUGAUGAGCCGCGUUCGACCGUCUCGGAUCUGAGGAUCCGAUCGACGAACAGCGCGCAUUGUUCCUUGAUAGAUCUUCGAAGAAAAAGAAACGGCGAUAGGAUGCUGAACGACAACGUGUGGAAACACAGGCGGGUGCCUGUUCCGAAAAGAACCAUCGAGCUAGUCGCUCUGGUAGCAAUUUCCAGCACCCUCUUUCUCUUUCUUCACACAAGAGAAUUGCACUCACGUCUGCGAAAAAUGGAAGUUCGUCUUCAGCCUGGAGAAGACGAGAUACUGUCAGCGAAUCAACUCUCAUCCGAAGGAGUUCAAACAGAUUCUAGUCCAAGUGGAAUCGUCCAUUACCCAUCCGGACAUCGUCCUUUCGCAGUAAAGUAUAAAGAACUAGAAGUUCUGGACAUAGAUGCCCUGAAUAACACAAAACGAGCUGGCAGAAAGGUUCUCUUUUUCAACCGAGUACCGAAAGUGGGUUCUCAAACUUUUAUGGAACUAUUGAGGAGGUUGUCAAUGAGGAAUGGAUUUUCAUUCAACAGAGAUCGUGUGCAGAGAGUCGAAACCAUACGUCUUGCGCCCAUUGAACAGCUUCAACUUGCCAGGAUGGUCAGCGGUUAUGCAGAACCAUCAGUAUACAUAAAACAUGUGUGUUUCACCAAUUUCACCGAGUUCAACCUGCCUCAACCAAUUUACAUCAACAUAGUCCGGGACCCUGUUGAGAGAGUGAUAUCCUGGUACUAUUACGUACGAGCACCUUGGUAUUACGUCGAGCGAAAGCAAAUAUUUCCAGACCUACCCUUGCCAGAUCCCAAUUGGUUAAAAAAAGACUUCGAAUCCUGUGUACUUAAGGCGGACCGUGAAUGUAGAUACCUGGAGGGCGAAAUUCACGAAGGGAUCGGAGAUCAUCGCAGACAGACCCUCUUCUUCUGUGGUCACAGUGAGAAGUGCACGCCGUUCAACACUGUAGGGGCCUUAGAACGAGCGAAAAUGGCAGUGGAGAAACACUAUGCUGUUGUUGGUGUACUGGAGGACGUGAAUGCCACUCUCACGGUAUUGGAAAAUUACAUACCCGGAUUUUUCCAAGGGGCCACCGACGUCUACUAUGAUGAAGUGAACGCGUUCACUAGAAUUAACCGGAACUUCUUCAAGCCCCCGGUCAGCGAAGAAGUGAAAGACAUGGUACGAAGCAACUUCACCCGAGAAAUCGAAUUCUAUCAGUUCUGCAAGCAGCGUUUGCACAUGCAAUUAAGAGCCUUGAAGCUGACGAAGAAGACGCCAUUAUCGGGUUCCAACAGUUUGUAAUUGCGCCUUUUCAUCGUCGAAAGUGACGAAUGGUACUUUCAACCGCUGAAAGAAUUCGAGAACGUUUGAAACUAAAGCAACGAAGGAACGUGGGUAGAGGAAAUGGUUAAAGGAGACCCUUACAGAAGAAAGCAAUAAUAAAGAAGAAAAAAUGCUACAGACAGCCAUUGUUUUUAAGAGAAAAUUGUUUGAUAACUUUGGAACAGAUUGUUGUGUUCCAUGAAUUUAUUUAAAGAAAAGAACAAAUGUUAUAAUAAACUAUACCUUUUGUGAUCCACGCGAGUGAGUGCUUUGUAUUUGAAUGGGACACUUGAAUCUAGUGCCUGUUUUAUUUUGUGAUCGUUUUCCUUAUUCUUGUUAUAUGUAAUUUAAAGAAACGGUGACACGAUCGUUAAAAUCGUUAGAUCAGCGAAUAUUCACGACAAGAAGCGUUAAGAAUAUUUAUUUAUGAUAAUGUAAAGUCACCCUACUUGUAAAACACGCGAAGUGUUUCUGAAUAAGGUGUAUCCAUUGGCGUAACUUGGAGCUUCUUCUGGGAUGAGCCAGAUCCCUUCGAAAUUUUUCAAUUUUUAGUAUUUGGAAUUCAGAACUUAAUAAUUUUUUAAUUUUUCGAACUGAAAUUUUGGAAUUCUGAAGUAUAAAAAUUCUGAAAUUUAAAAAUUUUACAGAAGAUUUUUAGGGGGGCCAGAUACACCUUGGCCCACCCUGACCCCUUCCUAGUUAUGCCAAUGAAUAUCUCGCUUUUCGAUUGUUUCUAUUUUGUAAUAAGUGAAGAAAAUUAUGAAGACUGAUCUGAGCGACCAAACAUUAUUUUUACCAAUGGGUACUUAAUUGUUGUAACAGAAACACACAGGGUAACAGUAGGGUACUGCUUAUCAGAUCAUUUGACUUUUAAUGUUGACUUAAACUGUCUUCUAGUGUUCACUUUUUUCCUCUGUUUUUAUAAUAAACAGCUGCCAUUUCGAAUUGUAUUUUAUUUCUUUCUAUUCCACGAUUUCGAGCGACUUAAUUUGUUAUAUAGAGUGUAUAUACUAACUUUCAAUGUUUCUUGAAAGAAACGCCUAAAAUAGAAAAUAUGUAUACAGGGUGUUACAGUAAUUAUGAUAUAAUUGUUAGGAAUUAUUUCCUCUGGAAAAAAUAAACAGAAAACAUACAAUAAAAUUUUCUUACAUACAUUAGAUACAUAAGGAAAAUGAUAAUUGCAAUGAUUUUUAAUUUAAUAAUUAAUAGAUGUUAUAAAUUUAUAAAUAUAAUUAUUAAUACCGCCAAAAUGUAUAUUCAAUCGGUAUCUUUCAUAAUAUUGUUACACUUGGAUGAACCAUUUAUCACAUUUUCGACUAAAUCUACCUUGCUAUAUAAAUAAGGUCAGAGAAAGAAACUAUCGAUCGGUCUUCCAUUUAUUGUCUUAAUAACAUAUAGAACGUGUGUUACAGAUAUAUUAUAUACGUUUAUUCAUACGUAUAGAUACUUCAUUACUCCAUCAUCAUUCAUUUUGUUGCAACUUCAUUUCUCUCAGAAUCUUCAAACGCUGUCACCCACGCCGUAAUCGAUCGUCUAACAAUAAGCACGAAAUCAUACCUAACUAUAAAGAAACAUCCAAACAAACAGAUUUGAUUAAAAAUAAAUUCUCAUUAACGAUUUACAAUUAACGGGGACUGGAAGGAAGAGAAAAGGGAAGUGAUCCAUAGAAUUCUAUGCUACAAGACAAUUACAUAUUACAUAGACAAUUUGUUAUUAAUAACAGGUUCUUCUCGUUUCCAUUUUUACUAAUAAAGUACACAGUAGUCUGAGCGUUAUUUCAGUCUGAAGCAACAUUGCUUAGGUUUAAGAAAAUUUUCAGGAACUUUUCAGAAAUCAAUUUCCAUUAACUCCGUGUUGAACACAUAAUCAGAGUAGAAGAGAUAGAAAAAAUUGUUUAAGAUUUAAACAAAGUGAUUUUCAAUAAAAAUAAAU